AUGGUGUGCAUCGAUGCUACUCUAAAACACAUUGAUGGGGUCAAGUCAUAUUUUGAGAAGUAUAGAGAUGAAGGCUUCAAUUCUAGUAUUGAAAGUGCCAAAGCCAUUGCGUUGGAUAUGGGCAUAGAGCCCCAAUUUCGUACAAAACGUAAAAGUAAAAGGAAGAAGCAUUUUGAUGAAAUCAAUGAUGAAGAUGAAGAUCUACAACUGUCAGCUAUUGAAUCCUUCAGAGUUACAUACUUUCUUGUCAUUGUUGACACCGCAAUUGCUUCAUUGUCUAGUCGAUUUGAUCAGCUGAAGGCAUUUGAAGAUUUGUUUGGUUUCUUAUUCAACUCAAAUAAUCUGAAGUCUUUGGAUGAAAGUAGUCUACGCAAAUCAUGCACCACUUUUGCAAAAGCUUUUACUCAUAAGAAGUCGCGAGAUGUUGAUCUUGAUGAUUUUUUCUCCGAGUUAAAAGUAUUGCAACUAACCUUGCCAGAUGCUUUGAUGUCAGCACUUGAGAUUCUUCAGUUUGUUACCACUGCAAAUUGCUAUCCAAAUGUAUCAGUUGCCUAUCGGAUCCUCUUGACUAUACCUGUGACUGUAGCCUCAGCUGAAAGAAGUUUCUCUAAACUGAAACUAUUGAAGAAUUGUUUGAGGUCAACUAUGUUACAAGACAGAUUGAAUGGCUUGGCUACAUGUUGCAUUGAGAAGGAUAUCUUGGAUAAAAUUGAUCUUGAGAUUAUAAUCAAUGAUUUUGCAUCUAGAAAUGCCCGGAGAAGCUUUUUUAUGAAGCAUUGA